CAGCGCAGGGCAGCGGGGCAGAGCGCGGCUCCCGCCCGCCCGCCCGGUGCGCCGGAGCUGGGACCAGCGACUGGACGCGACGGGCCGGCAGGCCCGCACCGCCUGGCCGCCGCGAUGUGCGACUGCUUCCACAUGGUGCUGCCUACCUGGCCCGGAACCCCCGGCAGCGUGUCUGGCCGACAGCUGCAGCCCAGGGAGCCAGAUGCAGAAACUGAAGAUGACCACUCUGUGACUGAAGGGCCUGCAGAUGAGGUCAUUCGACCACGGCCACAGGGGUCCUCACCUGUCUACGAAUACACGACUGAGGCUGCUGACUUUGGACUCCAGGAAGACGCUCCCGGCAGGCAAGGUUCGGCUGGGAGACGGAGAUCCUGGUGGAAGUGGGAUUCAGGGGACUCACGGACAUUUUUCAGGAUGAGUCGUCCAGAGUCCAUGCAGGAGGCAACAGAGGUGACGCUGAAGACAGAGGUGGAGGCGGGAGCCAGUGGCUACAGUGUCACAGGCGGUGGGGACAAGGGGAUCUUUGUCAAGCAAGUGCUGAAGGACUCCUCAGCUGCCAAGCUUUUCAACUUGAGAGAAGGGGAUCAGCUGCUCAGUGCAACCGUGUUCUUUGACAACAUAAAAUAUGAAGAUGCUCUCAAAAUCCUUCAGUACUCAGAGCCGUACAGGGUUCAGUUCAAAAUCAGACGGCAACUCCCUGCUCCACAGGAUGAAGGGUGGGCCUCCAGCGAUGACCAGCAUGGCCCACAGGGCAAGGAGAAGGAGGACACGGAUGUCGCUGAUGGAUGCAGAGACACCCCCACGAAAACUCUGGAAGGAGAUGGGGACCAAGAGAGACUCAUCUCCAAACCCAGGGUGGGGAGAGGCAGGCAGACCCAGAGGGAGAGGCUCUCUUGGCCAAAAUUUCAAUCCAUAAAGAGCAAGCGGGGGCCAGGACCCCAGAGGUCACACAGCUCGUCAGAGGCCUGCGAGCCCAGGGACGCACAUGACGUGUCCCCUACAAGCACAGACACAGAGGCCCAGCUCGCAGUGGAGCGCCAAGAGCAGAAGGCAGGGCCGGGCAGCCAGAGGAGGCGGAAGUUCCUCAACCUGAGAUUCAGGACAGGCUCGGGACAGGGCCCUUCAUCAACAGGAGAGCCAGGCAGGGGGUCCCAGAGAGGGGUGGGUCGUGCUGGGGUCCUGGAAGAGUUGGGGCCCUGGGGUGAUAGCCUUGAGGACACUGGGGCUGCCACAGGCAGCAGGAGAGAGGAGAGGGCAGAACAGGAUCGAGAAGUGACACAGUUGCCCACAGAGCUGGGUGACCCUAGAGCUUGUGAGGGAACCCCUGAGGAAGGGGGACUCAGGGCAGCCAGGUUCCACAGAAAGACCCUGGAGGGGCAGGCACAGGAGACAGCAGUGGCCCAGAGGAAGCCCAGGGCCCAGCCAACUCCUGGAAUGAGCUGGGAGGGUGAAGGUGAGGGACUGCAGAGCCUGGAAAUUGGGAUCGCCAGACUGUCCUUGAGAGACACAACCGAAGGAGGCACACAGAUCGGCCCACCCAAAAUUAGGGUGCGAGUACACGAUUUAAAGACACCAAAAUUUGCAUUUUCCACCGAAAAAGAGCCAGAAAGAGAAAGGCGCAUUAGUGCCUCACAGCGAGGGAAGAGACAGGACUUGUCCUCAAAAGUGGGUACUGGCCUGAAUGUUGAGGAGGUGGAAGGAGCAGGGUGGGAACCAGGCAGGGAACCAGCCACAUACGCAGAAGCACAAGAGGGUGAAGGAGAUGGAGAAGGACUACAGAGGACAAGGAUCACCCAGGAACAGGACAAGGUCGGGGAAGACAGAGAAGGACAGAUGAGAAUGCCCAAGUUCAAGAUACCAUCCUUAGGAUGGUCGCCAAGCAAGCAGGCAAAGACAGGGAGAGAAAAAGCCACACAAGACACAGAGCAGGAAAGGGCAGGAGAGGUCAUAGCAACGGCCAACAGAAGAGAACAGGGAGGCACUGAGGCAGGACUAAAAGAUAAGGAAGAUAGAGACUCAAUGACAAACGAAACAAAAUUACAAUUAACACAUGACCAAAAACCCUUGAAAAAGGAACAAAUUCUGAAAGAAAAGGAUGUGGCCACCAAAGACAGCAAGUUCAAAAUGCCCAAGUUCAAGAUGCCGUCCUUCGGGAUGUCGGCCCCAGGCAAGUCCAUGGAGGCCUCGGUGGACGUGUCCGUGCCGAAGGUGGAGGCCGACGUGAGCCUCCCCUCCAUGCAGGGGGACCUCAAGACCACUGACCUCAGCAUUCAGCCCCCUUCUGCUGACCUGGAGGUCCAGGCUGUCCAGGUGGAUAUGAAGCUCCCGGAGGGCCACGUGCCCGAGGGAGCUGGCCUCAAAGGGCACCUGCCCAAUGUGGAGAUGCCAAGUUUGAAGAUGCCCAAAGUAGACCUCCAAGGCCCCCAGGUGGAUAUCAAGGGCCCCAAGCUGGACCUGAAAGGCUCCAAAGCGGAGGUGACAGCCACCGACGUGGAGGUGUCUCUGCCCAGCUUGGAGGUGGACCCCCAGACCCCAGAAGUCAAGCUGGAUGGCAUGCGGCUGGAGGGGGACCUGUCCCUAGCCGACAAGGACAUGACCGCCAAAGACAGCAAAUUCAAAAUGCCCAAGUUCAAGAUGCCAUCCUUCGGGGUGUCCGCCCCAGGCAAGUCCAUGGAGGCCUCGGUGGACGUGUCUGCGCCGAAGGUGGAGGCCGACGUGAGCCUCCCCUCCAUGCAGGGGGAUCUCAAGACCACGGACCUCAGCAUUCAGCCACCACCCGCCGACCUGGAGGUCCAGGCUGGCCAAGUAGACGUUAUGCUCCCGGAGGGCCACCUGCCCGAGGAAGCUGGCCUCAAAGGGCACCUGCCCAAGGUGCAGAUACCCAGUUUGAAGAUGCCCAAAGUGGACCUCAAAGGCCCCCAGGUGGAUAUCAAGGGCCCCACGCUGGACCUGAAAGGCCCCAAGGCGGAGGUGAUGGCUCCUGACGUGGAGGUGUCUCUGCCCAGCGUGGAGGUGGACAUCCAGGCCCCAGGAGCCAAGCUGGAUGAUGCCCAGCUGGAGGGGGAACUGUCCCUGGCCGACAAGGACGUGACCGCAAAAGACAGCAAAUUCAAAAUGCCCAAGUUCAAGAUGCCAUCCUUUGGGGUGUCGGCCCCAGGCAAGUCCAUUGAGGCCUCGGUGGACGUGUCUGCGCCGAAGGUGGAGGAGACGGCCCCCGACAUGGAGGUGUCUCUGCCCAGCGUGGAGGUUGACGUCCAGGCCCCGGCAGCCAAACUGGACGGCGUGGGGCUGGAGGGGGACCUGUCCAUAGCCCACAAGGAUGUGACCGCCAAAGACAGCAUGUUCAAAAUGCCCAAGUUCAAGAUGCCGUCUUUCGGGGUGUCGGCCCCAGGCAAGUCCAUCGAGGCAUCGGUGGACGUGUCUGUGCCGAAGGUGGAGGCCGACGUGAGCCUCCCCUCCAUGCAGGGGGACCUCAAGACCACUGACCUCAGCAUUCAGCCCCUGGACCUGAAGAGCCCCAAGGUGCAGGUGACGGCCCCCGACGUGGAGGUGUCCCGGCACAGCAUGGAGGUGGAAAUCCAGGCUCCGGGAGCCAAGCUGGAUGAUGCCCAGCUGGAGGGGGAACUGUCCCUGGCUGACAAAGACGUGACCACCAAACACAGCAAGUUCAAAAUGCCCAAGUUCAAGAUGCCGUCCUUCGGGGUGUCAGCCCCAGGCAAGUCCAUCGAGGCCUCGGUGGAUGUUUCUGCGCCGAAGGUGGAGGCCGACGUGAGCCUCCCCUCCAUGCAGGGGGACCUCAAGACCACGGACCUCAGCAUUCAGCCCCCAUCCGCUGACCUGGAAGUCCAGGCUGUCCAGGUGGACAUGACGCUCCCGGAGGGCCACUUGCCCGAAGGAGCCAGCGUCAAAGGGCACCUGCCCAAGGUGCAGAUGCCCAGUUUGAAGAUGCCCAAAGUGGACCUCAAAGGCCCCCAGGUGGACAUCAAGGGCCCCACGCUGGACCUGAAAGGCCCCAAGGCGGAGGUGAUGACCCCCGACGUGGAUGUGUCUCUGCCCAGCGUGGAGGUGGACAUCCAGGCCCCGGGAGCCAAGCUGGACGGUGCACGGCUGGAGGGGGAACUGUCCCUGGCCGACAAGGACGUGACCGCGAAAGACGGCAAGUUCAAAAUGCCCAAGUUCAAGAUGCCGUCCUUUGGGGUGUCGGCCCCAGGCAAGUCCAUCGACGCCUCGGUGGACGUGUCUGCGCCGAAGGUGGAAGCCGACGUGAGCCUCGUCUCCAUGCAGGGUGACCUCAAGACCACGGACAUAAGCAUUCAGCCCCCUUCCGCCGACCUGGAGGUUCAGGCUGGCCAAGUGGACAUGACGCUCCCGGAGGCCCACCUGCCCGAGGGAGCUGGCGUCAAAGGGCACCUGCCCAAGGUGGAGAUACCCAGUUUCAAGAUGCCCAAAGUGGACCUCAAGGGCCCCCAGGUGCACAUCAAGGGCCCCAAGCUGGACCUGAAAGGCCCCAAGGCGGAGGUGACGGCCCCUGACGGGGAGAGGUCUCUGCCCAGCAUGGAGGUGGACAUCCAGGCCCCGGCGGCCAAGCUGGACGGUGCAGGGAUGGAGGGGGACCUGUCCCUAGCCGACAAGGAUGUGACCGCCAAAGACAGCAAAUUCAAAAUGCCCAAGUUCAAGAUGCCAUCGUUCGGGCUGUCUGCCCCAGGCAAGUCCAUGGAGGCCUCAGUGGACGUAUCUGCGCCGAAGGUGGACUUCAAGACCACGGACAUAAGCAUUCAGCCCCCUUCCACCGAUCUGGAGGUCCAGGCUGGCCAAGUGGAUGUGAGGCUUCUGGAGGGCCACCUGCCCGAGGGAGCCGGCAUCAAAGGGCACCUGCCCAAGGUGGAGAUGCCCAGUUUCAAGAUGCCCAAAGUGGACCUCAAGGGCCCCCAGGUGCACAUCAAGGGCCCCAAGCUAGACCUGAAGGGCUCCAAGGUGGAGGAGACGGCCCCCGACAUGGAGGUGUCUCUGCCCAGCGUGGAGGUUGACGUCCAGGCCCCAGGAGCCAAACUGGACGGCGUGGGGCUGGAGGGGGACCUGUCCCUGGCCCACAAGGAUGUGACCGCCAAAGACAGCAAGUUCAAAAUGCCCAAGUUCAAGAUGCCAUCCUUCGGGGUGUCGGCCCCAGGCAAGUCCAUCGAGGCCUCGGUGGACGUGUCUACACCAAAAGUGGAGGCCGAACUGAGCCUCCCCUCCAUGCAGGGGGACCUCAAGACCACUGACCUCAGCAUUCAGCCCCCUUCCGCUGACCUGCAGGUCCAGGCUGUCCGGGUGGACAUGACGCUCCCAGAAGGCUACGUGCCCAAGGGAGCCAGCCUCAAAGGGCACCUGCCCAAGGUGCAGAUGCCCAGUUUCAAGAUGCCCAAAGUGGACCUCAAAGGCCCCCAGGUUGAUAUCAAGGGCCCCACGCUGGACCUGAAAGGCCCCAAGGCGGAGGUGACAGCCCCCGUCGUGGAGGUGUCUCUGCCCAGCGUGGAGGUGGACAUGCAGGCCCCCGGAGCCAAGCUGGAUGAUGCACGGCUGGAGGGGGACCAGUCCCUGGCCGACAAGGACGUGACCGCCAAACACAGCAAGUUCAAAAUGCCCAAGUUCAAGAUGCCGUCCUUGGGGGUGUCGGCCCCAGGCAAGUCCAUUGAGGCCUCGGUGGACGUGUCUGUUCCAAAGGUGGAAGCCGACGUGAGCCUCCCCUCCAUGCAGGGGGACCUCAAGACCACUGACCUCAGCAUUCAGCCCUCUUCCGCCGACCUGGAGGUCCAGGCUGUCCAGGUGGACAUGACGCUCCCAGAGGCCCACCUGCCCGAGGGAGCCGGCGUCAAAGGGCACCUGCCCAAGGUGGAGAUGCCCAGUUUCAAGAUGCCCAAAGUGGACGUCAAGGGCCCCCAGGUGCACAUCAAGGGUCCCAAGCUGGACCUGAAAGGCCCCAAGGCGGAGGUGACGGCCCCCGACGUGGAGGUGUCUCUGCCCAUCAUGGAGGUGGACAUCCAGGCCCCGGCGACCAAGCUUGACGGUGCAGGGAUGGAGGGGGACCUGUCCCUAGCUGACAAGGACGUGACCGCCAAAGACGGCAAGUUCAAAAUGCCCAAGUUCAAGAUGCCAUCCUUCGGGGUGUCGGCCCCAGGCAAGUCCAUCGAGGCCUCGGUGGACGUGUCUGUGCCGAAGGUGGAGGCCGACGUGAGCCUCCCCUCCAUGCAGGGGGACCUCAAGACCACUGACCUCAGCAUUCAGCCCCCCGCUGACCUGGAGGUCCAGGCUGUCCGGGUGGAUGUGACGCUCCCAGAAGGCCAUGUGCCCGAAGGAGCCGGCCUCAAAGGGCACCUGCCCAAGGUGGAGAUGCCCAGUUUGAAGAUGCCCAAAGUGGACCUCAAAGGCCCCCAGGUGGACAUCAAGGGCCCCACGCUGGACCUGAAAGGCCCCAAGGCGGAGGUGACGGCCCCCAACGUGGAGGUGUCUCUGCCCAGCAUGGAGGUGGACAUCCAGGCCCCGGGAGCCAAGCUGGACCACACACGGAUGGAGGGGGACCUGACCAUAGCCGACAAGGACGUGACCGCCAAAGACGGCAAGUUCAAAAUGCCCAAGUUCAAGAUGCCGUCCUUCGGGGUGUCGGCCCCAGGCAAGUCCAUCGACGCCUCGGUGGACGUGUCUGCGCCGAAGGUGGAGGCUGUCGUGAGCCUACCUUCCAUGCAGGGGGACCUCAAGACCGCUGACCUCAGCAUUGAGCCCCCAUCCGCUGAGCUGGAGGUCCAGGCUGUCCAGGUGGACGUGAAGCUCCCGGAGGGCCACGUGCCCGAGGGAGCUGGCCUCAAAGGGCACCUGCCCAAGGUGCAGAUGCCCAGUUUCAAGAUGCCCAAAGUGGACGUCAAAGGCCCCAAGCUGGACCUGAAAGGCCCCAAGGCGGAGGUGAUGACCCCUGACGUGGAUGUGUCUCUGCCCAGCGUGGAGGUGGACAUCCAGGCCGCAGGAGUCAAGCUCGACGUCACACGGCUGGAGGGGGAACUGUCCCUGGCUGAGAAGGAUGUGACUGUGAAAGACAGCAAGUUCAAAAUGCCCAAGUUCAAGAUGCCGUCCUUUGGGGUGUCGGCCCCAGGCAAGUCCAUCGAGGCCUCGGUGGACGUGUCUGCGCCGAAGGUGGAGGCCGACGUGAGCCUCGUCUCCAUGCAGGGGGACCUCAAGACCACGGACAUAAGCAUUCAGCCCCCUUCCACCGACCUGGAAGUCCAGGCUGUCCAGGUGGACAUGACGCUUCCGGAGGCCCACCUGCCCGAGGGAGCAGGCGUCAAAGGGCACCUGCCCAAGGUGGAGAUACCCAGUUUCAAGAUGCCCAAAGUGGACCUCAAGGGCCCCCAGGUGGACGUCAAGGGCCCCAAGCUGGACCUGAAAGGCCCCAAGGCCGAGGUGACGGCUCCCGACGUGGAGGUGUCUCUGCCCCGUGUGGAGGUGGACAUCCAGGUCCCGGGAGCCAAGCUGGACCGCACACGGAUGGAGGAGGACCUGUCCGUAGCCGACAAGGACUUGACCACCAAAGACAGCAAGUUCAAAAUGCCCAAGUUCAAGAUGCCGUCCUUCGGGGUGUCGGCCCCAGGCAAGUCCAUUGAGGCCUCGAUGGACGUGUCUACACCAAAGGUGGAGGCCGAACUGAGCCUCCCCUCCAUUCAGGGGGACCUCAAAACCACUGACCUCAGCAUUGAGCCCCCUUCCACUGAGCUGGAGGUCCAGGAUGUCCAGGUGGACAUGACACUCCCGGAGGGCCACCUGCCCAAGGGAGCCAGCCUCAAAGGGCACCUGCCCAAGGUGCAGAUGCCCAGUUUUGAGAUGCCCAAAGUGGACCUCAAGGGCCCCAAGCUGGACCUGAAAGGCCCCAAGGCGGAAGUAACGACCCCCGACGUGGAUGUGUCUCUGCCCAGCGUGGAGGUGGACAUCCGGGCCCCAGGAGCCAAGCUGGACGGCGCACGGCUGGAGGGGGAACUGUCCCUGGCUGACAAGGAUGUGACCGCGAAAGACAGCAAGUUCAAAAUGCCCAAGUUCAAGAUGCCGUCCUUUGGGGUGUCCACCCCAGGCAAGUCCAUGGAGGCCUCAGUGGACGUUUUGAAGAUGCCCAAAGUGGACCUCAAAGGCCCCCAGGUGGAUAUCAAGGGCCCCAAGCUGGACCUGAAAGGUCCCAAGGCAGAGGUGACGGCCCCUGAUGUGGAGGUGUCUCUGCCCAGCGUGGAGGUGGAUGUCCAGGCCCCAGGAGUCAAACUGGAUGGUGCGCGGCUGGAGGGGGACCUAUCCCUGGCUGACAAGGACGUGACCGCCAAAGACAGCAAAUUCAAAAUGCCCAAGUUCAAGAUGCCAUCGUUCGGGCUGUCCGCCCCAGGCAAGUCCAUGGAGGCCUCGGUGGACGUGUCUGUGCCGAAGGUGGAGGCCGACGUGAGCCUCCCCUCCAUGCAGGGGGACCUCAAGACCACGGACCUCAGCAUUCAGCCCUCUUCCGCUGAGCUGGAGGUCCAGGCUGUCCAGUUGGACGUGAAGCUCCCGGAGGGUCAUGUGCCCGAGGGAGCCAGCCUCAAAGGGCACCUGCCCAAGGUGCAGAUGCCCAGUUUCAAGAUGCCCAAAGUAGACCUCAAGGGCCCCAAGCUAGACCUGAAAAGCCCCAAGGCGGAAGUGAUGACCCCCGACGUGGAUGUGUCUCUGCCCAGCGUGGAGGUGGACAUCCAGGCCCCGGGAGCCAAGCUGGACGGUGCACGGCUGGAGGGGGACCUGUCCCUGGCUGACAAGGACGUGACCGUUAAAGACAGCAAGUUCAAAAUGCCCAAGUUCAAGAUGCCGUCCUUUGGGGUGUCGGCCCCAGGCAAGUCCAUCGAGCCCUUGGUGGACAUGUCUGUAUCAAAGCUGGAGGCCGACGUGAGCCUGCCUUCCAUGCAGGGUGACCUCAAGACCACUGACCUCAGCAUUCAGUCCCCUUCCGCCGAGCUGGAGAUACAGGCUGUCCAGGUGGACAUGAAGCUCCCUGAGGGCCACAUGCCCGAGGGAGCCAGCCUCAAAGGGCACCUGCCCAAGGUGCAGAUGCCCAGUUUCAAGAUGCCCAAGGUAGACCUCAAGGGCCCCCAGGUGGAUGUCAAGGGCCCCAAGUUGGACCUGAAAGGCCCUAAGGCAGAGGUGACGGUCCCCGACGUGGAGGUGUCUCUGCCCAGCGUGGAGGUGGACGUCCAGGCCACGGGAGCCAAGCUGGACACCAGGGGGCUGGAGGGGCACCUGUCCCUGGCUGAAAAGGACGUGACCACUAAAGACAGCAAGUCCAAAAUGCCCAAGUUCAAGAUGCCGUCGUUUGGGGUGUCGCCCCCAGCGAAGUCCAUUGAGGCCUCAGUGGACGUGUCUGUGCCAAAGGUGGAGGCCGACGUGAGCCUCCCCUCCGUGCAGGGUGACCUCAAGACCAGUGACCUCAGCUUUCAGCCCCCUUCCACCAACCUGGAGGUCCAGGCUGGCCCGGUGGACGUGAAGCUCCUGGAGGGCCACGUGCCCGAGGGAGCCAGCCUCAAAGGGCACCUGCUCAAGCUGCAGAUGCCCAGUUUCAAGGGCCCCCAGGUGGACGUCACGGGCCGCAAGCUGGACCUGAAAAGCCUCAAGGCUGAAGUGAUGGUCCCCGACGUGGAGGUGUCUCUGCCCAGCACGGAGGUGGACAUCCAGGCCCCAGGAGCAAUGUUUCACGGCGCGGGGCUAGAGGGGGACCUGUCCCUGGUCCACGAGGAUUUAGCUGCAAAAGACAGCAAGUUUCAACUGCAAAAACUGAGCACGUCUGGUGCUGAAUGCUCGUCAAAGAAAAUUUCCGUGUCAUCCUCUGAAAUCAAAGGAAAUGUUACAUUCCGUGAGAAGACUUCAGCAUUUCCCAUUGUGGAGUCUGUUGUUCGUGAAGGUGAUCUUCAUGAUCCAUCAUGCGACAGUAACCUGGGGCUUGCUGUUGGAGAAGCUGGAGUGGAUUCGAAGUUUAAGAAACUGCAUUUUAAAAUGCCCAAAGUUUCAUUUUCUUCUGCCAAAACUGCUAAAGAUAGUUUAGUCUCAGGUGCAGAAUCUAGCGUAGGUCUUUCCAUGAUUCCCUUAUCAUCUUCAGAAUCCCCAAGUUGUGAAUUACAGCAGGUUUCGGGUGGUUCAGAGCCAUCCAUGCAGAUGCCUGAGGUUGGUUUGACUGGGUUUCCAUCAUCCCGGAUUGAUCUCACUGGUCCUCACUUUGAAUCUUCUAUUCUCUCUCCCUGUGAGGGUGUUACACUUACAAAAUACCAGGUGACCGUUCCCAGAGCUGCCUUGGCCCCUGAGCUUGCUCUGGAAAUUCCUUCUGGGUCUCAGGCUGAGUUUCCUCUUCCCAAGACAGAGUGCUCUGCUGACCUGCAACCUCCAGAGGGAGUUCCAAUAUCUGAAACGGAGAGUCACUCUGGUCCACUGAAUUCCAUGAUUCCUGUUUCUCUUGGUCAGGUGUCUUUUCCUAAAUUCUAUAAACCAAAGUUUGUGUUUUCAGUUCCCCAAAUGUCAGUUCCUGAGGGAGACUUACAUGCAGCAGCGGGUGCCCCAGUCAUGUCUCCUCUUAGCCCUGGAGAGGGAGUGCAGUGCCCCUUGCCAAGCACCCAUCUGCCAUCCCCAGGCACCUCUGUGUCCCAGGGUCCGGAAGAGCUUGUGGCCUCCUUGCAGACAUCAGUAGCGGUCCCCGGAGAAGCCCCUUCUGAAGAUACUGACCACGAAGGGAAAGGGAGUCCCUUCAAAAUGCCUAAGAUUAAGCUUCCAUCAUUUAGGUGGUCCCCGAAGAAGGAAGCAGGGCCAAAGGUGGACCCAGAAUGCAGCGUGGAGGACUCAAAACUCAGCCUGGUUUUAGACAAGGAUGAAGUGGCCCCGCAGUCUGCCAUGCACAUAGAUCUGCCUCCUGAGAGGGAUGGAGAGAAGGAAAGGAGCACAAAGCCUGGCUUCGCCAUGCCAAAACUUGCACUACCCAAAAUGAAGGCUUCUAAGAGUGGGGUCAGCCUGCCACAGAGAGACAUGGAUCCUUCUCUUUCUAGUGUCACAGCAGGGGGUAGCUUUCAAGACACAGAAAAGGCCAGCACUGACGGUGGUGGGGUAGGACUUGGUGCAACAGCAAGUGCCACAGAAGGUGAGGGUGUGAACCUCCCCUGUCCACAGGUCCGCAUUCCCAGUUUGGGCUUUGCCAAACCUGAUCUCAGAUCCUCCAAGGCCAAGGGGCAGGUGAGCCAGUCUGAAGCUGACCUGCCUCUUCCCAAACAUGAUCUGUCUACCGAAGGUGACAGCAGAGGAUGUGGGCUCGGCGAUGUCCCAACAAGCCAGCCUUGUGGGGAGGGGAUAGCUCCCACACCUGAAGACUCCCUCCAGCCAUCCUGUAGAAAACCAGAUGCUGAAGUCCCCACAGUGGAAAGCCCAGAGGAGGAAGCCACGACCAGGGACUCACAGGAAAGCUGGUUUAAAAUGCCCAAGUUCCGCAUGCCCAGCCUUAGGCACUCUUCCAGGGACAGAGGCGGGGCUGGAAAGCUGGAAGUGGCUCAGACACAGGCACCUGCAGCAACAGGGGAUGAAGCAGCAGCUAGAAUCAAAGAGUUCCUUGUUUCUGGGUCAAACAUGGAGGCAAGUAUGUCCCUACAGCUCCCAGAGGCAGAUGCAGAAGUGACAGCUUCUGAGAGCAAAUCAUCCACAGAUGUUCUAAGGUGUGAUCUUGACAGCACAGGCUUGAAGCUGCACCUUUCCACUGCUGGGAUGACCGGGGAUGAGCUUUCCACUUCUGAGGUCAGGAUCCAUCCAACCAAAGGACCUCUCCCUUUUCAGAUGCCUGGCAUGAGGCUUCCAGAAACCCAGGUUCUUCCAGGAGAAAUAGAUGAGACUCCUCUUUCCAAGCCAGGACAUGACCUUGCCAGCAUGGAGGAUAAAACAGAGACAUGGUCAUCCCAGCCUGAAGGUCCACUUAAACUGAAAGCUUCAAGUACUGAUAUGCCAUCCCAGAUUUCUGUGGUUAAUAUGGAUCAACUGUGGGAAGAUUCUGUACUAACUGUCAAAUUCCCCAAAUUAAAGGUACCGAGGUUCUCCUUCCCUGCCCCCAGCUCAGAGGAUGACGUGUUCAUCCCCACUGUGAGGGAAGUGCAGUGUCCAGAGGCAAAUAUUGACAUAGCCCUUUGUAAGGAAAGUCCAGGGCUCUGGGGAGCCAGCAUCCUGAAGGCAGGUGCUGGGGUCCCCAGGGAGCAGCCUGUGGAGCUUAACCUGCCUUUGGAAGCUUCCCCAAUUUCAAAGGUCAGAGUGCAUAUUCAGGGUGCUCAGGUUGAAAGUCAAGAAGUCACUAUACACAGCAUAGUGACACCAGAGUUUGUAGAUCUCUCAGCACCCAGGGCUUUUUCCACUCAGAUUGUGCGGGAAUCAGAGAUCCCUGCAUCAGAGAUUCAAACACCUUCAUAUGGAUUUUCCUUAUUAAAGGUGAAAAUCCCAGAGCCCCACACGCAGGCUAGAGUGUACACAACAGUGACUCAGCACUCUAGGACUCAGGAGGGCGCAGAAGAGGCUCCCACACAAGCUGCCCCAGGAGCAGACUCCAUUUCUGGAGAUCUCCAGCCUGACACUGGAGAACCAUUUGAGAUGAUCUCUUCCAGCGUCAAUGUACUGGGACAGCAAACACUCACAUUUGAACUUCCUUCUGGCCAUCAGCUUGCAGACAGCUGUUCAGAUGAGGAGCCAGCAGAAAUUCUUGAGUUUCCCCCUGAUGAUAGCCAAGAGGCAACCACACCACUGGUGGAUGAAGGCAGGGCUCCAAAAGAGAAACCAGAAAGUAAAAAAUCUGGUCUGCUCUGGUUUUGGCUUCCAAAUAUUGGGUUUUCCUCUUCUGUUGAUGAGACAGGUGUCGAUUCCAAAAAUGACAUCCAGAGAUCUGCCCCUAUUCAAACACAGCCUGAGGCACGACCAGAGGCAGAACUGCCUAAAAAACAGGAGAAGGCAGGCUGGUUCCGAUUUCCCAAAUUAGGGUUCUCCUCAUCUCCUACCAAGAAAAGUAAAAGCACCGAAGAUGAGGCAGAGCUGGAAGAACAAAAACUUCAAGAAGAAACAAUCACCUUUUUUGAUGCCCAAGAAAGUUUCUCCCCUGAAGAGAAGGAAGAGGGUGAACUGGUCGGGCCUGUGAGCACUGGGCUGGACUCCAGAGUGACGGUGACAUCUGCGGCAAGAACAGAGUUAAUCCUGCUAGAGCAGGACAAAAAAGCUGAUGAUGUAGGCAAAGGCUCAGUCCUGUGACCAAAUGAAGGCUGAGAGGUAUGGCUCAUCAGCAUAAGAGAGAUGCAAAAAACUAAGUUGGAAAGUAAAGGCUACACACACAUAUGGAGCACCCCAUCCCACAGCACAUUACAUCCACCUCACUUCACAGAACUGAGAACAGAGCAGAAAUGACCAGAACACCUUUGUCACCAUCACACUGCCCUCCUAAAAUGGAACCAAAGCUUUGGAUGCAAAGAAGGCACCCUGACUUCCCACAAGACACCAGAAUUCUCACGGUACUCAGAGGCAUUGCUGGGAAAGUUUGUUGGUCUUUAUUAGAAAAAUUUCAAGAGACCUGUCCAUAAUACCCAACAGAACAUGAGUGUUUCUUUGAGGAAAGGGUUCUAAUGUCUGUGGUGUACGAGUAGUUUUUGGUAUAACUUCUUUCCUGCUGCUGCUGCUUCCUGGCAAACAUAGUUUUCCUAUUUCAGGCAGAGUGCGGUAUAUUCCAGGAGACACUGUUUCCUUCUCUCUUAGCUUACUUCUUUGUUGAAUUCUCACUAAUGGCAAGCUUCAAGAUGUUUUGUGUGACAAUACACACGUGCUAGGCAGAAGGGUGAUGGCGUCCAGUGGCUGGCAGCUGGGCCAGCAGAAGCCAGGACAUCUGUGAGUUGUCAUUCUCAUCUAUCCAUGUCCACUUGCUUGCCAGCAUCCACCAGUGCCUUGCCAGCGUGCACGGUCCCACACUGUGGCCCCUGAGUCUCCUAAUGUACAUGCUGCAGCCAGAAUGCAGAUGAAGCUGGCUUGGCUGUUCCCUGGAUGGGCAAUAAAGAAAGUGCUGCAUCCCA